UUUCUUUCUUUCUCGUUUUUCAUUAUCGCGCUCGCAGUUUCUUCAACCGUUUUUUCAUUCUCGCGCUCGCGUUGCAGUUUCUCCUAUUUUCAUUCUCUCGCUCGCGUUGCAGUUUCUUCAAUUUUCAUUCUUUCGCUGCAGUUAGACAAGUCUCUCUCCCCAAUCACAUCUCACACAAGCAAAAAUGGUUUAUUGUAAUCCAACGUACGCCGGCUACCCAAUCGGAAGGGGAGUAAAUCCAUUGUCCGGAACUCUUUUGGCAAAUUCAAAGGAUUACGAAUUGUCACAAUACAAGCUUAUGAUUUCCUCACUGGAAAAGGAGUUGAAGGAGCCCAACAAUUUUCCUCAGCAUUUAAUUGAAAUCAAGACGAUUAUUUUGGAGGAUUGUCGUGUUCUCCUUGCUGAAUAUCGACAGAGUAAAGCUGCUGCAAAGCAGGCAGCCAAGGCAACUAAAGUUCGGAAGCAGACAGCUAAGACAAGUAAAAUUCGGAAGCAGAAGGGGAAGAAAGUGUUGGAGACUUGACAUCCAAAAUGUGAUCACUCAAUUGAUGUCCUAUUGCUUGAUAAAAGCAAGACACUAUUUUAUCUCUGAUUUUUGGGUUGUAUAAUAACAUUAGUGGUCGAAAUUUCUUAUUCUUAAUUGAUAAUCCUUAGGAUUUUGUGGAUUACCACAAAAAUCACUGAUUUGUCUUUCAUAUUGGAAACUUGAAAUAUCUACAAAUUUAAUUUUGUGAAAUUGUGAUAAUUUGGUCUUCCUUCCAAGUGAUUUGAGGCACUUGACUGCUUUAAAGAGACUGACUAUCGAGGCUUGUGCAGAGGUGAUUAGUUUUGAGGAUGAAGGAGAAGAGAAUGAAAACUCUUCCUUGAAACUUGAACGAUUUUCAAUUUGACAAAUUAACCAAUUUGGCAUUAUUACCUGGUUGGCUUAGAAGAUGUGGUAAAACUUUGACAUACAUGGGCCUUUCAAAUUGUUCGAGCUUAAUGGCAUUGCUAGAAUGGUUGGUAAAUCUAACAUCACUUGAGACACUUAUAAUUGCUGAUUUGUCCAAACUUGACAUUACCCCAACAUAUGGAUUGUCGUCAAAGCCUUUCAGAAUUUAAAAAUAUAUGGAUGUCCUUAGCUAGUUUAGUAGAGAUGCAAACAAAAUACAGGCUGUGUAAAUCCAUUAUUUUUCUUUGCUUUCUA